AUGUACACGUUGCCUCUCUGCCUCCGCAACGCCCGGGGUUUGUCACGCGGGGGAGUCAGUCGCAGUGUGCACCGCGGAGGGCGUCAAGGCGCGGGGACGAGAGGCGCGGGAGUACGGACAGAAGAGGAAGCAGGAGCAGGAGCAACUCCUCAGAAGGCAUCGCUGAGCGCUUUAUGGAACCCCGUAGCGAGAGGUGCGAUGGGCAUAGCAGUUGGGGGUGUGCUGGCGAAGCAGGCAGUUAAGGCAGGGGAUAAAUGGAAGGAGAGGAGGAAGGGGGAUGGAAAGGGAGAGCAUAAAGCGAAGGGUCAUGCUGAUGACGAGAUACUUGUGACACUCGCCGGGAUGGCCCUGGGGGGAGUUGGGUUGUUAUCUGUAGGGGACAAGUAUAAGGAGAAGAAGAAAAAGAGGAGAGGGAAGAGAGGCAUUUGAGGGACA